AUGACGCCGGCAGUGGCAGAUAGGCUUGGGGUAAAGCCGAGACAAAGCGGUCCGACAGGAUGGCGUCCCUUUAUUCAACCAUGGAGCUUGUGGGCGAGACCGGGAGAUGAUGGAAUGAGGGGAGAGCUUGUUACCGCAGUAUAA